AUUCAAUGGUGCAUGAGCAACGUUACACGACAGGAACUGCGGCACGACUGUGACAAAAUAAAAUGCAUCGUACAGUGAUAUCGUUGGUGGUUUUGGUGGGAGUUUGCUGUUUGGCUCUGUCUGCCGAUGCUCUUUCAAUUGCGGAGUUAAGAGCUCAAAUCUUGGAGCAACGCAUUCAGCAACGUUUGGCAACAACUACCGCUAGUACCACACCGGCUUCGACUAGUGCAUCAACCAGCAGCAGCAGCAGCAGCAGUUCUUCAUCGUCCACGGCUACGUCUAGCACUUCUAGUGACUCUUCUUCAACUGCUGCUUCAUCUGACGCUGCUACCACAAAUUCAACUGAAGCCACCACAGCUGCCUCGGAUUCUUCUUCAACUGCAUCCACAGAUGCAUCUUCAACUUCAUCCUCAACUGCAUCAACAGCUGCAUCUUCUUCAGAGUCUUCUACUGCUUCGUCCACAUCUUCCACGUCGGCCGAUUCUACCACGAGCUCUACAACGCAAAGCGUCGAAGACAAACUGAUUGCAGAGUAUCGUGACCAAGUGCGCCAGCAGGCAAUCGAGCGAGCGCUGGCAAGAGCACGCGGUUAAGCAUUUGAAUGAUUUUGAUUAAUUGAGGCUAAUUUCUUUCUACAAAUGGAUUAAAGAUACUACACCCAUGUUACAAUUUGCUCUAAAGAGAAAACCAAAAAAACGCAUAAAACGAAUGUUUUAUUUAAACCUCAA